AUGGCUUCAACUGCUUCGUCAAAAGUCAGCGCUUCAGCUCUAGCUUAUCCAACACUCCCUCCUUCCCGCUCUCUCAUCCCUGCCCAGUCCAGCUCCACAAGUCAAGUUCGCCACCGACGCGUGAAUCUCCUUCGAGAUGUCGACACCGCACAGGUUCCCUUGGUUUCUGUCAACGGAGAGAGCAUAUCCAGAAAUGAACAUCACCGAUGGCCUUUGUCCAAGGAGAGAUUUGCCGAGCUGCAAGGAAAUGACAUGCAUUUGCUUCCGAAACGGACAUUGUAUCGUGUCAGAGAGUAUGGAUAUCCUAGAACAACAGAGCACCAAUCGUCGUUUCCCAGAGACAGCAGACUACCACGCGCUCCUGAUAUCUUAUCACCCCAUGUCCCUGACAAAACCGUAACGGCGGUCAUUACAACAAUGCUGGUACUAAGAGUGCAAUUCGCGGGACCCAUAGAUCUGGCCAACGAUGAGCAUUAUCAGAGUUGGGCUAAGUUUCAGAAGGCCGGAGAAGUCGUGGAAGAGAUAAGAAGACACGGAGCAGACGAAUAUAUCAUAGAGAUGGGUCUUGCAGGCUUGGAUGCUCAGCUUCCCGAUCAACUAACAUGCUGUGCACGGGCGAAGGGCACCUCCGUCGCGGUGCAUCCUUCAUUUAGCGGGCUGUGCAGACUGCUGAGGAUAUACAUAGAGCAAGGAGGCGAGGCAGGAUGCAUCGGUGGUCCCGAUUCAGGUACAUUUAACAUGGAAAUACCAGCUGUCACAAUGGCACAGUAUACGGCAGGGGCUCAUGUAGAGAACUGAGCAGAUCCGCAAAAAAUACUCUGCCCACACACUUUUGGCAUUUGUGUGACCAUCAGUUUGGUCAUUAAGACCACGUCGUCAAAAUACCUCUGUGGUGUAAGGGAUUCUCCUCUGACUAUGUCACGGGGGUGUCAUUUUUCCUAAAUGCGGUGCAAAACAGCCAUAUAGUAGCCUGUACAGUGCCGGUUACGUGGAUGCUCGUGGUUGUGACGUUUUGAUCACCCUGGUACGACAGUUUUUCUGCACGAUUCGCACUUCUAGAAGACAAAGGAUGGUACAUCGGGAAGUGACGAGACUAGAGCUCAAGUUGAAUCCGAGCACCAAUAUGCAUGCAGGUAGGUGAUGAGCCUGAGACACUAGUCUAGUGGUAUCGGACGUAGAAAUGCUGCAGAUAGG